UUCAGAUUUUUAAUUUUUAUUUUUGAAAAAACUAAAAAUACCGUCACUAACCUAGAUUAUCGAAAAAUAUUUUCUUUAACAGCUUGGUAUACGGUGGUGAUGAGGGUAGUAGUGGUGGUUUUGGCGGAUUGGGAAAUGAGGAUGGUUGGAGAAUAGGAUUUAUUUGUUCAUUUUGAAAAGAUUUAUGACGCUUGUUACAAUUUUCAAUUUUUUUUUUUUUUUUUUUUGGUAUUUAGUUUAUUUCUUUUUUUUCAUUUUAUAUGAAUUUAAUGGUCGGGAUGGACGGAAGAACAAGUUUUGCGAUAAAUUCCUAAAGGUUGAGGAUGAUUUGAAUUAAGAAAAGGUAGGAUGAGGAUAAUUUACUGACUUAUCUUAAAGAUUGAGAAUGAAAAUAUCAAAUUCUCUUCAAUGAACCAUUGGAAGAAUACUUUUCAACAUUGGUACGAUUGUUGACCCUUUUUAGCAAGGAGUUACUGGAUUCUUAUCGAAAUAAUUAAAUGAAAAGAGAAUACACGUGGACUGAAAGCAAUAUUCAGUUAUUUGCUAUUGGUUUCAACAAAAGAGCAGCAGCCAUGAAUAAUGUUAAUCAAAGAGGAAUCUUAAGUCCAAGCAGGAUUGAGGGAAAAAAUAUGGCACUGGUGGCUUCUUGGUUUCUUGGACUUGGAUCCCUUGUCUCAUGGAAUAGUUUGUUGACUAUAGAAGAUUACUACUAUGAUUUGUUCCCGUAUUUCCUCUGAUGUAGUGUUACCAUCCAUCCCGGGUCCUGACCCUUGUUUAUCAACCCUUCGCAUUUGGAACUGCGGCGAUACUUACUUACAAUGAGGAAAAGAUUGAUACAAGGAAACGUAACUUGGCUGGUUACAUUAUUUUCUUCCUUGGUACUUUGGACUUCUUGUUGUGAGUUAUUCUCUUAGCCAUUUUUGCACUCUCUUUUCAUGGUUUUACUUCACCGAAUCUCCAUUGUCUAUAAUCAAUUUUCUCUGUUACAAGUUGGACCUAGC